AUGACAGCAAUGACUAUCCUUCGGUUCUCCAGUGUCUUGCAAUGUGACAACAUUCUGGCUGGACUAGUCACAUGGUUGCCGAUGCGAUUCCAUCCAUACGAUCUCCACAACUUUCCCUUUCCUGCAAUUCUUCGAUUCUUACUGUUUCCUUCCAUCAUUCUUGAGUCACGUCCACCUCAUUUUUUUCUUUCUUGUCAUUCCGCUGAUAUUUUUUUCAAUUUCAUUCAUUUUUUUCAUUCUUCUUUUGUUCACGAAAUAAAUUAUUUUUUAUUCUUAUUCCGUUUCUUUCAUUCCUCCUUUUCACCUUUAUUCCUGUCUUUCCUUUUCUUUCUUUCUUUCUUUCUUUCUUUCUUUCUUUCUUGUUCUCCUCAUUAUUUUCCUAUUCGCAGUACUUUUCUUUUUUCUCUUUUUUUUUCUCUGUUUUUUCUGGGUUUUUUUUUUGUUUUUGUUUUUUGGUUUUUUUUCUUGCUUGUUGUUUUCUUUGUUGCGGGAGAAGGAUGUGUGUUUGUUUCUUGUAUUUUUCUUUCUUUCUUUUCCACUUCAUUACUUCCUGCUUCUGUUUCCUUCACUUUUCUCUCGAUUUACAUUCUUUUUUUCAAUAAUAUUUCUAGUCUCAGUUUCUUUCCUUCUUCAGAAGAAUUUGCAUAA